AUGAAUUUAGCAACUUUGGAGCAAAUAUCUAAAGGCUAUUCGCUUUCAGUACCCAACCUUCGAGUUCUUCUACCGAGAAACCAUGCAGGAGCAAUUAUUGGGCCCAAGGGACAAUCUGUCAGACAAAUUCAAGAUUCGCAUAAUGUUUUCAUUCAACUUUGUCAGGUAGAAGGCUCUAGUUGGGGUAGAAUUAUCAACAUCAAAGGCUCACCAACACAAUUAAGUCAAGCAUGGUACGAUUGUGUACAACUUUUAGUGGCAGGCUAUCAACAGUAUUACGAAGCGAAUGGCAUGUAUGCCAACUUUCUAUUCCCCACCGAACUAGUCGAACUCUUACUUUUGGAAGGACAUUUGGAAGACAUGGCCAUGAGUUCAAAGACAAGAAUCUAUGUCAAGUAUAACCAAUUAAUGAGAUCUACUGAACGUAUAGUGCAAAUUCAGACAGCAGGUACUGAUACGAGUUCUUUAAAGUGUUUCGAACGUGCCGUAUAUCGUUUAGCAGAACUUGUUGAACAGAACAUUACGAUAUCACUCUCGAUGCCAGGAACGGUUUUUUAUACUGCAAACCUGACGGACGAUAUUACGAAAUACUUGCAACGUGACGAACGAGACAUCCUUUUCGACUAUACGGAAAAAGUUGAGAGUGCUAUUAAGGACAAUAAUACGAAUGAUAUUGAUCAAGCGUGA